AUGGCUGUUGUUCUACGAUAUGUAGACAACAAUGGACAUAUAAUUGAACGUUUUCUUGGCAUUCAACAUGUGCGAGAUACAAUUGCUAAUUCACUCAAGGCAGCUAUUGAAGCUUUGUUUUCUAAACAUGGGCUAAGCAUAUCAAGAUUGCGUGGUCAGGGAUAUGAUGGAGCUAGUAACAUGCGAGGUGAAUUCAAUGGCUUGAAAGCACUUAUUCUAAAUAGCAAUCCAAGUGCAUAUUAUGUACAUUGUUUUGCUCACAGACUUCAAUUGACUCUUGUGGUUGUUACAAAGAAGCAUAAUGAAGUUGGAGAUGUCUUCAAUUUUAUUUCUAGCAUUAUAAACAUAGUUGGAGCAUCAUGUAAAAGGAUGGAGGUGAUUAGAGAAAAACAAUAUGCUAGAAUUAUUAAAGGACUUGAAAAUGGAGAAAUUUCUAGUGGACGAGGCUUGAAUCAAGAAACUUCUCUUAGAAGGAUACUAGCAGUUACUAAUGAGUUCUCACAAGCAUUACAAAGAAAAGAUCAAGACAUAGAAAAUGCUAUGAGUUUAUUGAACACAUCAAAGGAACGAUUCAAAAUGAUGAGAGAGAAUGAUUGGGAAUCUUUACUGGAAGAAGUGUCAUCUUUUUGCAUCAAACAUGAUAUUAAUAUUCUAAACAUGGAUGAUGAGUACAAGCUUCGUGGACGUUCAAGGCGAAAAUCUCAAGGGAUUACAAACCUACACCAUUUCCGUUAUGAAUUAUUUAACAAUAUCAUUGACAUGCAACUUACUGAGUUGGAUGAUCGUUUUACUGAGACGAGUACAGAGUUACUUCUUUGUGUGGCAUGUUUAAACCCAAGUGACUCUUUCUCUGCUUUCAACAAAGAAAAACUUCUUCGCCUUGCUCUUUUUUAUCCUAGUGAAUUUUCUAUAGUGGACCUUAUGGUACUUGGUGACCAACUGGAUACGUAUAUUAUUGAUCUACGUGGUGAUGAUGAGUUCUCUGAUAUUAAAGGUAUUGCUAGUCUUGCAGAGAAAAUUGUAAAAACAAAGAAGAAUUUGAUAUUUCCAUUAGUAUAUAUGCUUAUCAAAUUGUCAUUACUUCUACCAGUUGCAACUGCUACAGUGGAGAGAGUUUUUUCUGCUAUGCAUAUUGUCAAGAGUAGAUUGUGA